GCUUAUAAAAUAACUUCAAAUUAAACUCCAAAUUUAUUUCAGCGCACAUUCGAUGCAAGCUUUGUAGAGUUUUCCUGUAGAUUACUUCUCUUCAUCGGCUUAAUUAGCAGGUCUUCCUCCCCUGCCGUCUGCAGGAAUGGAGGAGAUCUCAUGGAGAUUUGUGUUCUCACUUCUUCUCCUCGUUCUGGUAUCCCAAAUUGCUACGCCAACCCUAGGGAUCCGAUUUCCUCAGGCGAUCCCAGAAGCCUCCCGCCAGAAUACUAACCGCCCACUAAGGGCGGCCGUCUUCGCACUUGGAAGCUUCUGGAGAUCGGAGGCGGCCUUCGGAUGCCUGCCCGGCGUCGUACGGACGUUGGUUGGCUACGCCGGCGGCACUAAGCCUAACCCCGAGUAUCGGAACCUAGGAAACCACGCCGAAUGCGUCCAGAUUGAAUAUGAUCCGACUGUAAUUUCAUUCAAGCAGCUCUUGGAUGUUUUCUGGGCUAGUCAUGAUCCUAGACAGGUUUUUGGACAAGGCCCUGAUGUUGGUAAUCAGUACAGAUCCAUUAUAUUUACAAAUGGAAGUGUAGAGGCCCGGUUAGCUGCUUCCAGUAAAGAGACGGAACAAACUAAGAGCAGAAGCAGCAUUGUGACAACCCAAAUCCAGCAACUAGGAGUUUUCUAUCCUGCUGAAUCUGAUCAUCAGAAAUUCGAGUUAAAGCGCAACAAAUUUCUCCUGCAACUGAUUGGAAACAUAGAGGAAGAGGAGCUUCAGAAAUCAACAUUGGCAGCCAAAUUGAAUAGCUAUGCUGCUGAACUCUGUCCUCCCAAGAUUCAAAAGCAGAUUGAUGCCAAGAUUGAUGAGAUUCUUAAAAUCGGUUGGCCCAUCCUUAGGGAGCUGUAGAUGGUUUUUCCAAUGCAUUGAACUAUGGUUUCGUAUAUGAUGACUUUCUUACUAUUUCUUAAAGCAAUUUUUUAGUAUAAAAAUUAAAAUAUUUGUACUAAAAAACUAUUUUAAGAAGCAGUAAGAAAGUCGUCGCAAACGAGGCUUAAAUUUCGGUAUGUGUACAUGUUCUGAGUAUGUUGUUUGAGAUUGUUCGCUAAUCGCUUCUCUUUCAUGUGAUCAUACAUCAUUGUUGCAGGUCGAAGUUGGUUUUGAAUGCCAGUAGAACUUGAAUUGAUGGGUUGGUAA